UGAGGAGGAAAUCAAACUUGCUCACUACAUAUUUGCAGCUGACCUUCCGCUGAAAGAGGUCCUAGUCGAUACCAUGAUGAAAUCCUAUACGCGAAAGGCGCUAUGGUCCCUCUGCCCUAACUCCAAUGUUGAUGCUGAUGUAACUACAGCAAUGACUUGCCACUUGACCCUGGACGAAAUUACGAGAGAUGCUGGCCGUGGGAGAAGAGUAUGUUUUCUGCCUUCUGAACUGCAGGAAAUGGUACUUAACUAUGGCAUGACACCGAAAAAAGCUUUAGAGUGUUACGGUACAAAGUUUCUCACAACAGCUCACACCUGCAGAAAGUUGUGUCUGCCAAUGAAGGAUAUCAUGCAU